GGCGUGGCUUCAUAUAAGUUUUUGUUUGAUUUUCGGGUAGAUAUUUAUAUUUUUAUGCAAAAAAUUACUGAAAGAAAGUUUAGUAGCCCUUAUUGAAAUGUCGAUAUUAUACUGAUAGAAGAAUUGCAAGCUUGAUAGAACACCAAAAUAUAUCAAUUAACGUAGCACUUUAAGUUCUUACUGCCAGAGAACAGGUAGAUUCAUGAAGUCGAAAACUUUCUGCAAUGUUGGAAAUAGAGCGAGCUGGUAAACAUCAGAUACAAGAGACCUCUAUCCGAGAAUUGAGAAUGUAAAACUAACUUUUUUUUUAUUCGAUUCUAUAGUAUUGCUGCAUAAUAACACAAAUUUAUAAUCUUCUCCCUCAUCGUUAUUUUUGCUACAGCAUCCUUGUGCAAUACCGAUCCACUCACGCAUAGGCAUAGUGCAAGGGAAGGAAGUUAUUCUGAUAGUUACACCAACUUUUUUCGUUUAUUCUUGUUAUAUUUUCAUUGCACAAACGCGCAAUUAUAUACCGCAUUUGUAUAUGUAAGGUUCAACAAUUUAUUUUAUUGAACUUUGACUCUCUUUUUUCGAUUUGAAUAUCCUUGUAAUUGCUUUCUUAUUGUAGUAUCAAGGAUUUGUCAUUUAGUAUAGGAGUAAUCGACAAUGCCUACUGUUGAAGAAGACAGCGCAUUUGAACAUGAAUUAUGCCACAAAAACGAACUUGUAAUAGGUGAAAUGAAAGAGUUCAGUAUUAGCAAAGACGAUGAAGACACAAAAUUACUGUUGGUGAGAAAUGAAGACGGUGAUUAUUGUGCGUUCGGCAAUAAAUGCACGCACUAUGGAGCUCCGUUGAUACAAGGUGUCAUGAAAAAUGGUAGAAUACGCUGCUCCAGACAUGGAGCUUGUUUCAGUUCAAAAACUGGGGAUAUUGAAGACUAUCCGGGUUUAGACAGUUUGCCAAAACAUAAUGUUUAUAUCAACAAACAUGAUAAAGUUGUUGUUCAUACUACGAAAAAGGCAUUGAAAUCAGAAAAGCGAAUAAAAGCAAUGAAAACAGCCAUGAAAAAUGAUGUUAAAGUCGUCAUCAUUGGUGGAGGAGCGUCGGCACUCACGUGUUCAGAAAGUUUAAGACAGCAAGGAUUUUGUGGACAAAUCAUUGUAGUGAAUAAGAGUAAUUUACUACCAUAUGACAGACCAAUCAUGACAAAAGACUUGAGUGCAAAAAUCGAUGAUAUUCUAAUGCGGAGCAAGGAUUUUUACAACAAUUUUGGGAUCGUGUUAAAGCUUGGAACGGAAGUCGUUAAUAUCAACGCGCAUGAAAAGAUCAUUGAAUGCAAAAAUAAAGAUGAAAUAUCAUACGACAAACUAUUGAUAUCUACAGGAUUGACAGUUCGAAAACUCGACAUUCCCGGUAGUAAUCUGAAAAACGUGUUUGUAAUUGGGACACCCUCUGACUGCAAUAUUGCCGCAGAACGGGCAAGAGGCAAACGAGUUCUCGUUAUAGGAGCAUCAUUUACGGGUAUGGAAGUCGUAUGCUUUUUGCGACAAGUAUGUAAAGAAAUUACUGUUUGUUGCAGAAAAAGUGUUCCAUUUGAGCAGGCAUUUGGAAAAGAGGUCGGAGCUGGACUUCAGAAACUACAUGAAAAUCGUGGAGUUAAAUUUCAUACUAAAAAUGGCGUCGUAAAAAUUGUUGGCAAAGACGUAGUAGAAGGAGUUAUAUUGGAGAAUGGUUUGUUGGUUGAAGUGGAUGUUGUUGUUGCGGGAGUUGGUGCAACGUUGAAUACCGGAUUUUUAAAAUCUUCGAGUCUUCAAAUUGACAGAGAGGGCUUUAUCGUAGUCAAUAAAUAUCUUCAAACAAAUCUACCAGACGUCUAUGCUGCUGGUGCGGCCGUUCGAUUUCCACUACGAUAUUACGGUGGAAAGCUUGUAAACGUGGAGCAUUGGCAAAUGGCCCAUUAUCAUGGGAAAAUAGCAGGUUUAAACAUGUCAGCAUCAGUGCAAGAUCCUGAAACGAAUUUUCAAAACUUUCAUUCAGUCGAUUCAAUUCCGUUUUUCUAUACUGAACAAUACGGAAUGGAAAUACAAUAUGCUGGAUAUGGAGAAGACCACGAUGAAGUAAUGAUUCAUGGUGACAUCGCCAAUGGAAAAUUUUCCGCUUUUUAUUUCAAGGAAAAUAAAUUAGUUGCAGUCGCGGCAAUGCAGAACGCAAACAUCGCGGCCAUAGUAGCCGAAAAACUACUGGCCGGGGAAAACAUUGAAAAAUGGAAUUUGUCGCAGUUACCAUUUGAAUAGUAUGAAUAUAUAUAUGUAAUCCAGUUAAUGUUUCCAAAAUCGAAGGAGAACUCGUCAUAAGAUCACCAAAGAAAGUGACAUUGGCAGGCUUUUAUCAAGAACGUGCAUGCGAAAUAAUACUAAACAUUGCGCUACUAAUGGUGGCGGUCUAAUAGCCUAUAAGCCCUAUAUUACAAAUCACCACAGUAUUUUAGCUUUCUAUUGUCAUCAUUCUUAUGAUUAAAUCAAAACAAUUUGCAUCAUCAGUCAACUGAAAUACGUCAAAAAACUUUAUAAUUUUUUGAACAUAUUAGCAUGAUAUUUGAUAGAUAAAUGGGUUUCUUUUCUAAAUGACUUUGUUCAUAUGAAUUUUUAAUCACGAAGAUGAUUAAGAUUGAGAUUGAACAGCUAAAUCUUUUCACAAUAAUGAUAAAAUGUGUUUCGAUCAAUAUUCUGUAUUUAAAAUUUUUUUUAUAACAACCUGAGUUGUGACAAAGAAAAGGAAUAUGUAAGUAUCUAACGUAAUAUCUGAAACAUGUAUAUAUGUAAAGAAAAAAGGUAAUAAUAUCAAUAGUCUAAAAGUAAGCUCCAUUGUUACUAAAGAUAUGAACAUGCUCUUGG